AUGGACCAAGACUACGGGUCCAACGUCCCGCUUCGUGGUGGCAUUCCACGCCUGUCCAGGCUACCCAUGCCACGUGCAAGCGCGUCCAUGGACAACCUGAAACUCAGUACCAGGACUUCCGGCCUUGCUGGAGGUCAUCAGGACGACUUGCGUAAGACGUCCGGCUUACCUCGCCCGUCGGGCCUGGCAGGGCCAUUGGGAGAAAAUCUGAAUCAGUCAAUCCGUUCUCGCUUUGCAUGGACUGCGAAGCCCAGAAACCCAAGAAGCGCGUCACCAGUGAGGGAUGCUCUCCGCGACGCGUACACCGGCACAUUAGAAACAACACCCCCGAAUCCGAAAGCCGAUCCAGCAGUAUUUGAAGAUGGUUCCGAAAAUCCAACCACCGCCAGAACUGGAGUUCUUGAGAAACGCAAACCUCGACCGUCGUUGUCAGAACGAACGACUGAGACAUUAUCUCAAGUAUCACCGUGUCCGUCGCCAAUGCCUAGGAGGACAAGCUUAGUCAACAACGAUAGCUCUAUGCUACCCCCGUUGCGACCGACAUCGAGAGCGUCGCGUCCUACAACUCCGGCAACUCCUCGCGCAGAAUCGCCAUCGAAGCGGGCUUUUCGACCACCAGGAAGAGCGUCACCCACAAAGGAUGCUGCCCAACUGCCUCUGGUCGUGUCGCCUGGUGAUAUCUAUACACCACCUAGAGCUUUUGUUAGAGGCCAGCGCUCGAGAAUUGCGAAACCCCUACGAGACCCACGACGGUCAGUGAGCUCUGCUUUGGAAAGCCCUGCCACCACUGAAGAUUCAUUAUCCUCAGUGAUGACCUCGUCCCAGACGAUGAAGGGAAAACCAGUAUACAGCAGCAAAACCAUUGCCUCUCAUACUUCAGCGCAGAAACCCUCGCUCUCAUCGACCUUCCAGGAUUCACCCAUCUCGUAUCGAGAGUCCAAACCCCUGUCGUCUGUUAGCGGUUCAAAGCCACUUGUCUCGAAGGUAAAGUCGAAGACAAUGAGCGAGACCAACUCCGGGAAAGAACGGGAGCGCCAUCCCGGGAGUGCGCAGGAAACAUCCGCAAUGAGCUCGCCCAAAUCAUCUGCUGCGCUGCGUGAGACAAUCGCCAAGGCAAAAGCUGCCAGGAGAGACAUGUUGAGAAAAUCGGGAGAAGCUGCACGACAAUCCAACGACUUUUCGACUGGCUUCGGGCUGCCUGAUGACCUGCCCAGUACUGGAGAUAACAGCGGGUUAUUGAAAAAGCGCAUCCAACAAGCAGUAACUACCGGGCAAUUGAACAUUGCCGGAAUGAAUUUGAAACGAAUACCCACAGAGAUAAUGAAAAUGUACGACCCAGAAGACAACAAAAUCGACUGGUCAGAAAUGAUAGACCUCACGAAAAUGAAUGCAGCAGAUAAUGAAAUUGAGGAGCUUUUGGAUGAAAUGUUUCCCGACUAUUCCGAGUCCGAGCUUCAGAAUGACGACGAGAAGAGCAAUCAAUUUGGAGGUAUAGAGUCUAUCGACUUCCACCGAAACAAGAUUCAAAGACUGCCCAUUGGGUUUCGAAGUCUGACUAGACUACAAUCGUUGAAUCUAACCGGGAACAAACUUGGAAUGGAUGCUUUUGAUAUCCUACGCGAACUGCCACAGCUAAAAGAACUCUUCCUGGGCGAGAACCUUUUCAACGGAAGUUUACUGCUCGAUCAGUGCGACUUCCAGGAUUUGCAAGUGCUCGAUCUGCAUGGUAACAACAUUGAGAACAUCGAAGAACAAAGUCUGUUGCAUAUGAAGGGUCUCAAAAGACUGGAUCUCAGUGCCAACAAGCUCUCGCGGUUGCCGUGGAAGACUCUUGCAAGUCUUGCGCUGACUGAGCUGAACGUUUCUAAGAACCGUCUGUCGGGGAUGCUCAUCUGCUCGGCCUCUUGCCUGCCUGAACUACGCAGCUUGAAUGCUUCAUACAAUGAUUUGGAAGGCGUCUGUAAAGAUGACCUUGACCUGCCUAAUCUGCGAACUCUGAUCUUGAAUGGCAAUCGGAUGGCUAAGCUGCCUUCCCUGGCCAAAUGUAAGCAACUGCAAACGCUCACGGUUGCCGAAAAUCAGCUGGAUGAAUUACCCACUCAAUUUGCGCAUCUAGAAGGACUGGCGUCUGCCGACUUUGCGCACAAUAAUAUCAGACUGGUUGACCCGGAGAUCUCCAGAAUGACGAAGCUCUCGGGCUUGAAUCUUGCUGGCAACCCGCUACGGGAGAAGAAGUAUCUCACUAUGAGUACGGCCGAGUUAAAACUGGCCUUGGAAAAGAAACUAGAAGAUACGAGUCCUGCACCAGGACUACUUGACGACUCCUCGAAGCCCACACGAGAAUAUCGGUUCAAAGCUUCUAAUGGUAUUCUCGACAUGUCUUCACAAUCUUUAUCAGCUGUAGACUUGUCUGAAAUCCAUCUCGACGAUUCAAAUGGACCGAUUCGCGCUCUCAAGCUCUCAAAUAACGACCUCACCACUUUUCCUGUCGACCUGCUUAAUCAGCCGGUGCUGAAGUACUCUUUGCAGGUGUUGGACCUCAGCCACAACCCGUCUCUCCAUUCAACGGAAUACCUCACUUCGGAGCUUUUCUUGCCGAAUUUGAAGUCGUUGUAUAUCGUCAGUACUGGCCUAACAUCUCUUGACGCAUUGACAACGUACCUCAAAGCACCAUGCUUGGUUGAAUUGAACAUUUCCUGCCACCGCUUGACCGGUCGCGUGCCAUGGGUACGAGCUUGGUGGCCAACUUGCACAACAUUGCUCGCCACUGACAACUGGUUCUCAAGUGUCGACGUCGAAGGCGUGCGUGGAUUGGAAGUACUCGACAUCCGUAACAACGAGAUCGAGACCCUUCCGCCCAAAAUUGGCCUUCUGGGCAAGAAACCAGGCAGUGUGAGAGAAGCUGGAAAGCUGCAUUCACUCGAAGUCAGUGGUAACAAAUUCCGUGUUCCAAGAUUGGGUAUAGUCGAAAAGGGCACCGAGGCUAUUUUGAAAGAUUUGAGACGCAUGAUCGCCUUGGACGAGAUUCCUGAAGAGUGGCAGGAGUUUGCCUGA